AUUUAUUUUACAAGUGGUAUUUUUUAUACUUAUUGCUGCGGUCACGCUGCUGGAAGUCCAAAUAAAGGCCUACAAAGUGGGACGUAUAAAGAUGGUAACUUCUCCGAUAAAGGUUAUGAAGCACGUCGAGUUUAUAAAUCGAAUUCGAAAAAGCCUAUACUAUGGCGUGGGAACAGUGGACACAGAUAUGGAGGUCUCUCUGCCCUUUGCUGAGUACGCGUCAGAGAUGUUUUCGAAACCCCAUCGGGGCCAUUCCUUGCAUCGUCUGAGUUGCGUUGCUGCUGCAAAUGUGCAGGCCACGCCAUGCUCUCUUAUUAUGGCAUUGAUCUACCUAGACCGCUUAAGCGUCACCGACCCGAGUUAUAGCUGCCGCAUCACUCCACAAGAGCUGUUUGUUGUGUCACUGCAUUACAAAUAUUUACAGAUGAUUUCGACUAAGUUCUAUGCAGGCCAUGACGAACGUUUUUAUUUGGAAGACUGGGCUAGUGAAGGCCAUAUGACGGAAGAAAGACUCAAGGAAAUUGAGCUUGAGUUCCUAUCUGCUAUGGACUGGAAUAUAUACAUAUCCAAUGAACUCUUUUUCGAUAAACUAAACAAUGUUGAACGAUCGCUGGCCAAACGCCAGGGUUUACGGAGAGGGUGGCUUACUUACAGUGAGCUGGCGCUGAUGCUGCCCAGCUUGGCAUGGGCGAAAUUGCUGGUAAACAUUUUAUCAGUACUAGCAAUGAGCUAUGCAGCAAGUGUAAUUACUGUGGCAGGAGCCUUUUUUAUAGCUAGUCAAGUUCCAGGAACGAUAUGGCACCGCGGAGUAACUGCACCAGAUUCACCAUCAAAUAGUUUAAAACUGACCAUUUCGGCCACUUCUGUUUUUAAUGGCGAUGUCUCCGCUUUAUUAUUAGACGUGGAAAAGGAACUGUUGAAACUUAAGAAACAGAACUGCUCAGAAGAGAUUACGAUAACGAUUUAUUUGAGUCAUCAACCCAUACCUAAUCUACCAUUUAAGAGGAACUUUCGAAAACUCCGAUUGAUUUCAUCGCAAGAAAGUGCAGAGAACUGGCUUAAUAUUAAUUCACAGUGUAGCGCCUGCGAAUCCCAUAAUUGGAUUCCUGUUCGCAGUAUACAAAUGGAAAACCGUUGGAAGCACGCUAGAAAUGGUUCGGGUUUUUGGCAAAUAAUUACCGAGGCAAUGCAGCGAUCGCUUAUGCAGCGACGGCUUGAGGAAACAUAUUUCUUAUUGCAUGGAAACAUUUUUGCUGGUCCAUACAAUACGUAAUCACAUUACGUCAGUCAAAUGAUUGCUCCGGUGAAACAAUCGGAUGUGUCUCAGAAAUAUCUUUUGGGCGAAAUUCGGGGAAAAUGUACAUACAUACUUAAGCAUCAAUUUUUAAUUUCGCUGAAGAGAUUACAGUGAUUCCCCGAAUAAUUUUUUAUAACGAAAAAUUAAUUACAUGGCUUAGGGGGGCAAAAAACUGGAGUAGUAUAUGGUCAACACCAAACUAUCAUUCCACGGUGCAACUUUUUCCGCGCUUAAAUAUAUUAAUUAACCUGUUUGAAUAACUGUUUUAACAUUAUUAUUCUAAACAUGAUUUAUAAAUCUAAAAUACUACAAAUAAAUGACCAGCUUUUGGAAAUAUCACGCAGA